AUGACGUUGACGUUAUCGUUACGGUAUGCAGCUCCGGACUGCUUGCUCUCUUCCCACCAACACCGACCAUUGCAAACCGCGGCUUCUUCGGAUAACAACAGCGGCCAGCGCACAUCCUAUUGCGUGUUGCGCGUCAUUGACGUACUGGCUCGUCAAGAACGUAUGGAAGCCUUGCAGCGGGUCGAGAAGACGUUGGACCUCGUCUUGGACAACCUGGCAUCGGUGGUACGGUACAUUGGAGAGGUUGCUGAGACGGAGCGCUAUUCACUUCGGAUUCGAUGUGACGCGGCGUCUAUGCCACACGCAAUCGAAGCACGACUCGUUGCCCCCAUUAUCGACGUGGCCAUUAUUGAUGAAGGCUCAGCUAUUCUUUGUCUGCUCCUCGUACUUGUUCUCCGCUGUUCUAGCCCGAGUUUCUUAGUGGCUUCUAUAUUUCUCUUCAUGACGAGUGUAGCGUCAAAUUUUUCGAGCUGUGAAAGCCUAACGAAACGAAGGCGUUUCGACUACUUUAUCGCCGUCUCCAUCAAUCUUUGCGUUCAGAAUGCGGCGGGCAACCGCGGCAGAUACCUAUUACUUGUAUGUAUGCGUGCUUCUGCCGGAUCCGACUCUAAUGGGCCCCGCCUUCCCCACCAAUCGACUGCUGCCUUCAAUGAAAGGCCCCUGAUCGAUGGAUCUGCGCUGUUAUUAGGCGGACUAGUGCAACUAUGA